CCUGGACGUGGCAGAGAGGAGGAGGAGCAGCAGCUGCGCCCCCUCCGCUCAUCUUUCUCCGCCCGCUCCUCCGUCUCCUCUGCGGCUCCGAGCAGCAGGUUCUCCACCGGCCGGUUCUCCAGUGUCGGGUCGUGUUCUGUCACCAUGGGGCUGACCAUCUCGUCUCUGUUCUCCAGAGUGUUCGGGAAGAAGCAGAUGAGGAUACUGAUGGUCGGUUUGGACGCAGCUGGAAAAACAACGAUUCUCUACAAACUGAAACUCGGAGAGAUCGUUACCACCAUCCCAACUAUUGGUUUUAAUGUGGAGACGGUGGAGUACAAGAACAUCUGUUUCACAGUUUGGGACGUUGGUGGUCAGGAUAAGAUCCGACCUCUGUGGAGACACUACUUCCAAAAUACACAGGGUCUGAUCUUCGUGGUGGACAGUAACGACAGAGAGAGGGUAACAGAGUCCGCUGAGGAGCUCUCUAAGAUGAUCCAGGAAGACGAGCUGAAGGACGCCGUUCUUUUGGUGUUUGCUAACAAACAGGAUCUUCCCAACGCCAUGGGGGUCAGUGAACUCACGGACAAACUGGGCCUGCACAGCCUGCGCAGCAGAACUUGGCACGUCCAGGCCACCUGUGCCACUCAGGGGACGGGUCUGUACGAGGGUCUGGACUGGCUGUCCAACGAGCUGUCCAAACGUUAGACCAACUGACAGGCAACAGGAAGCAGCAGCAGACUGAUGUCAUCGACUGAAGUAAUCACCUGGUGGGCGUGUACAAACUGAUGAAGAGGAGGAUUUCACUGUUUUUGGUUUUUUUUUAAAUUAUAAAUGUUUCUGUCUGUAGGAGGAAGUGAUGUCAUGGACUCUGAGCUCAUCAUCCUCUUCUUCUGUUCUUCCUGUUUUUGUUUCUUCUUUUAAUCCGCAUGUUUUAGAAUCAUGUGACAGGAAGUGAUGGAAGAGGAGGGGCGGGUCUUAAGACAGAUGACAGUGUACCUGUGGGCAGGGGAUGGGGUUAACUACAGGUGACAGGGGGCGGGGUUAUCUACAGCUGACAGUAUACCUGCAACCAGGGGGAGGGGUUCACUGCAGCUGAUAGCGUACCUGUGGGCAGGGGGCGGGGUCACCAGCAGGUGACAGGGGGCGGGGUCACCAGCAGGUGACAGGGGGCGGGGUCACCAGCAGGUGACAGUUACCUGGUGGUGUGAUGACUCAUUCCACAGAGCCGUACCUGAAGGCCUCAUCAUUCCUUAACGAUGUGAAGAAGAAGCAGUGACUGAAGACUAUGAUGCAAUAAAGGGUUUUUUUUU